UCGUCGAUUCCAGCUAUUACGCACUGACAUAUACGCGAUUCACAACAGACCCCUGAGACGCAAACACGCUCAGCAACAACACUUACACACAUACCGAAGCAAAUCGUUGCUACGAAGAAACCACAUUCGAAAUGUAUAGCCCAUACGGCUCUUACAGCUCCAUGAGCUCGGCUUCUCAGCCGAUGGAGAUCCCCACCAGCAGCUAUCUCUCCCACAACUACAACGGGUCCUACAGCUCGCGCUGCGCUUUCCCCUCGUGGCCGCAACGCUCAUCCCUAACGGACGAGCACGAGCAAAGAGCUACAUCAUACCUUUCUGACGACGACCUAUUCCCUUGCGACGACUCCGACGAUGCGCACAGCGUAUCCAGCGCCGGCAGCACGACUCCUACUUCACCCGUGGCCACAACCGAAGCCGACAUGUUAAGGAUGCAGCGCGAACAGAUGGCGAUGCAACGGGAAGCCAUCAAGUUCCUACUCAACGAGAAGGAGCGACGGAAGCAACAAGCCUCGAAGAAGCAACGACGCAGCUCAUCAGGCUCAAAGAAGAGCAGCCCGAAGACGAAGCAGGCGCAUCUCGACGCUAUCGCCGAGGCCGGUGAAUGAAGGAGUCUCCACAAUUAAGCACGACGAUACGACUUUUUAAUGGUGAGUUUCAACAUUUGACUUUUUACCUACCUCCUGCAUUGGGACGACGCUACGGCAUCGAUGCCUCAUCCCGCAUGAUAAACCUGGGAACAUUGCGCUGACCGCUCUUCACAUGUAGAAAUUUGUAUUUUUUUA